AGCGGCGGCUCCAUGGAGCUGCGCGGGUACCAGCGGGCCGCGGUGGCGCCGGCCCUUGCCGGCCGCAACUGCAUCGUGUGGCUGCCCACGGGCGCCGGCAAGACCCGCGCUGCCGUGCACGUCUGCCGGCGGCACCUGGAGAGCCGACGGGGCGGGAGGGUGGCGGUGCUGGUGAACAAGGUGCACUUGGUGGAGCAGCACGCCAAGAAGGAGUUCCAGGUGCUGCAGGACGCGUUCAGGGUGAGGGCCGUCAGCGGGGACAACAGCCACAAGGUGUUCUUCGCCAGCGUGGCGAGGCAGAGCGAUGUGGUCAUCUGCACGGCCCAGAUCCUGCACAACGCGCUGGUCAGCACCCAGGAGGAUGCGCGCCUGGAGCUGACGGAGCUCUCGCUGCUGGUCAUCGACGAGUGCCACCACACGCACAAGGAAGCCGUCUACAACAAGAUCAUGAUGGAUUACCUCCAGCGCAAGCUCGGCGGGCAGCAGGACCUGCCGCAGGUCCUGGGUCUGACGGCAUCGCCUGGCACUGGGGGGGCAACCUCCUUUGAGGGGGCUGUGCAGCACAUCCUGCAGCUCUGCGCCAACCUGGACACGGAGACAAUCACAUCGGUGCAGGAGGAGGUGCAGCAAGUGCAGAGCCACGUCCCGCAGCCCAGGAAGCAGUAUGACCUGUGCCAGGAGAGAGCACAGGACCCCUUUGGUGAGCGGCUGAAGGCAGUGAUGGAGCAGAUCCAGCAGUACAUGGGGAUUCCCAGCCUGCCGCAGGACUUUGGCACGCAGGUUUAUGAGCAGCGCAUCGUGGAGCUGGAGAACAGAGCGGCAGAGAGGCUUUGCCGCCGGACGCGGGUGUGCGCCCUGCAUCUGCGCAAGUACAACGAUGCUUUGCUGAUCAACGACACGGUGCGGAUGCUCGACGCCUUCCAGUGCCUCCAGCAGUUCUAUGACACCCAGAAGGACAUGAAGGACCCCACCGAGCGGUUCCUCAGUGCCACGUUCGAGGAGAACAGGGCGACCCUGCAGGCGCUUGCUGGGGACCGGCGCUAUCAGAACCCCAGGCUGGACAAGCUGGAGGAGAUCCUGCGGGAGCACUUCCAGCCCCUGGGUGCUUCUCGCGGCAUCGUGUUCACCAGGACCCGUCAGAGCGCGCACAGCCUGCUCGGCUGGCUGCAGGACACGGCCACGCUCUGCGGGCCGCACAUCCGCGCUGCCGUCCUCACCGGCGCCGGCUGCAGCAGCCAGACCAGGCCCAUGACGCAGCAUGAGCAGCAGGAUGUGAUCCAGAUGUUCCGCAACGGAGCCCUCAACCUGCUCUUCUCGACCAGCGUGGCCGAGGAGGGCCUGGAUAUCCCCGAGUGCAACAUCGUGGUCCGCUACGGGCUGAUGACCAAUGAGAUCGCCAUGAUGCAGGCUCGGGGCCGUGCCCGUGCUGAGAACAGCGUCUACUUUGUCCUUGCCAAAGCCAACAGCAGAGAGGUCUCCCGCGAGCUGCUCAAUGAGGAGCUCGUGGAGCUGAUGGAGAGGGCCAUCAGAGCGGUGCAAGCCAUGCCGGAGCAGGAAUACCGCCUCAAGAUCAGGGAGCUGCAGCAGGCUGCCGUUGCCAGCUGGCUGAUGAAGGAGGCCAGGAUCAGCGAGAGGCAGCAGCAGCACGACCCGGACACCGUUCACCUUUACUGCAUCAACUGCGGCGUGGCGGUGUGCCGCGGCAGCGACAUCCGCACCGUGGAGGGCAUACACCACGUUAACAUCAACCCCAGCUUUGGGUUGCACUACAGAGUUUCCUCAGGGAAAAUCCAGUUCCAGAGGGCUUUCAAAGACUGGGAGCCGGGCUGCCGCAUCGCAUGUGCUGGGUGCAGCCAGGACUGGGGAAUGGAGAUGCUCUACCGGGAGGUGAAGCUGCCCAUCGUCUGCAUCAAGAACUUUGUGAUAGAGACACCAGCUGGGAAGAGGAGGUACAAGAAAUGGAGCGCUGUGACAUUCCCCAUCAAGGAGUUUGAUUACCUGGAGUACUGCACCGACACCCAUGGACAGUCCUUCUAGCACCGGCUCUGCUCCCUUUCCCGUCACCUUUGGCACUGGAGUCUCCAUCCCAAGCCAUGGCUUGCUCCUCUUUUCCUCACUGGACCGAGCCACUGCAGCACAUCCCUUUGCUGGAGCCUGUGACUGCAGGAGGAGACUUUGCUGUGCCCACACAGGACGGAUGGGACCCUGAGAUGGGAAAGCUCCCAAAGCCUUCCCUGCCUGCUGCUGGCUGCUCUCCAUGCUGCUGCCUUCCCCUCCUGCCCCCUGCACUGUCAGGCUCUGGGGCUGUCUCCACGACCCUGCCAGGGACGUGGCCCAGCAUUGCUCUGGCAGCCUCCAGCCUGCUCUGUGAAUCUGAUGGUUCUCAUUAAAGAUGUGUGUGAGCUGG